AUGUUCACAGUACGUCAAACGGGGGAAAGGCAAGGAAAUACGAACAUUUAUGAAACGACAGAAGCACCGGAUGACUUCCGUGGAAAUUUGGUUAUCGUCACGACGCACGACGAUUCGUAUUCACAUUACUGGAGAGUUUGGUUUGAUCCGGUGUUAUCAGUCAUGAAUGGUGUCUUCCUAACAAAUGAUAACGGGACAGAAAUCCCGCGAAAGAAUCCAGUGGCAGCUUAUGUGUGA